AUGAGGGCAACUAAGAUCAUAACUCCAAAACUGGAGACUUCCAGAAAAUUUUCAACCACCACAAGUAUCCUAUCGGAUUCUACUAGCUUGUCAGACUCCUCCAAUAUUCAGCGUCAAAAAAAGCUAGUUUCUGAAAUCUUAAAUAAGGCGCAAAACAGCUCUCACCCCAAGACCUCAGCAAAGCGGACACCAGCAAACUCUUCGAAAUACGUAGGCUAUUGGUUAAUAGGAAGCGCUGGACUUGUUUUUGGAAUAGUUAUUUUAGGCGGCUUGACACGAUUGACUGAAUCAGGACUCAGUAUUACUGAAUGGAAGCCAGUAACCGGGUCCAUCCCCCCAUUGUCUCAAGAAGACUGGGAGAAAGAGUUUGAAUUAUACAAAGCCUCGCCAGAAUUUAAAAUUUUAAAUUCGAACAUCACACUUGAUGAAUAUAAAUUCAUUUAUUACAUGGAAUGGUCUCAUCGUCUUUGGGGUCGUACAAUUGGAUUGGUUUUCGUUCUACCAGCAGCUUACUUUGUUUUUGCCAAGAAGACUAGUGCUCUCACUACAAAGCGCUUGGUGCUAAUAUCUGGUCUACUGGGGCUUCAAGGAUUUAUUGGAUGGUGGAUGGUGAAAUCUGGUCUUGAUCAAGAUUUCUUGGAUCAGCCAGGGGCUCAUCCGAGAGUAUCGCAAUAUAGACUGGCCACUCAUUUGGGAGCUGCAUUUUUACUCUACAUUGCGAUGAUUAAUACUGGAUUGGACACUAUUAGAGAAUCUAGAUGGAUUCGCAACCCCCAGGCCGCUUUGAAAGAGAUCACUGCGUUGUCCAGUCCUGUUGUGAAACCAUUGAGAAGAGUUGUAUUUUCUCUCGCUUGUCUUACCUUUCUAACAUCCAUGUCUGGAGCUUUUGUCGCAGGACUUGAUGCUGGUCUUAUCUACAACUCUUUCCCCUAUAUGGGUGAAACAAUCGUUCCAUCUCGAAAUGAAAUGUUCAGUCCUCAAUAUGCAACUGAUACUUCACAAUUCAAUCUAUUUUGGAAGAACAUGCUGGAAAAUCCGACAACUGUUCAAUUCAACCAUAGAGUAUUGGCGGUUAGUACAUGGACUGCUACGCUGGCCAUGCACCUGUAUAGCUUGAGAUUCAAAGCAUUUGUUCCACGAUCGGUCAUUAGAGGUAGUGCUACUGCUCUGGGCUUCGUGACUCUCCAGGCUGCGUUAGGUAUUUCUACACUGCUGUGGGUAGUCCCUACCCCUUUAGCGGCCAGUCAUCAAGCGGGAAGUUUGGCUUUCUUAACAUCUGUUCUUGUUCUUCUUGCCCGGUUACGUUUGCCACCAUCUAGAGUCAGACGUCUUAUUACGUUGCUUUCUCAGACUGCUGAUAAAGCUGUUAACAAAGCAUCGAAGCGAUUAUAA